AUGGUAGACAGCAUCGCCAACGAUGGGCUUGGCAAGGUGGCUCUGGAGCUUGCCUCCCGUGGACAGCCCGAACGACAGCCCAGAGAAGUUAGCCUCGGGGCAUCUCCCGGCGAGGAGAGGAGUUCAGGCGAAGAAUCGGCGGUCACGAUGGCCAUGCAAGUCUCCAAAUCAAGAGGCAUCGCGAUCAUCGUCACCCUUGCCGGGAUCAACUUUCUCAACACCAUGGGAUCGGGCCUUCUGAUUGCCAUUCUACCUCACAUUGCGCGUGACGUGGGGCUGUCCGAUAGCCUGAUUCUCUGGCCCGCCGCCACAUACGCCCUCGCGGCGGGGUGUCUUCUCCUCAUCUUCGGCGCCAUUGCAGAUGUUGUUGGGCCCAAGCUAGUGUGGGCCUGCGGCGGCGCCCUCUUCGUUAUCUUUACUGUCGCCCUGGGGUUCUCCCAGAGCGGGAUACAGGUGAUCAUCUGGCGCACUUGUCUCGGUAUCUCCAUGGCCAUGUGCCUGCCGGCCACCGUCAGUCUCAUCACAAACACGUUUCCGCGUGGGUCAUGGCGCAAUGCAGCUUUCUCCAUGAAUGGCAUGGCACAGCCGAUGGGCUACGCGCUCGGACUGGUAUUGGGUGGCGUCUUCGCAGACACAAUCGGUUGGCGCUGGAGCUACUACUUGAUGGCAAUGCUCAGCUUCGUUACGGCCGGUGUCUCAUUGUUAGCACUUCCAGUGGUCCAUCACGCAUCAGACAGCGGCAAGAGCAAAUGGCGCCGCUUGCGUGAGGAAAUCGACUGGGUGGGCGCUGUGAUACUCAGCGCCUCAUUCGGCGUCAUCAUGUAUGUGCUUGCGCUGGCGACCUCAUCAUACAAGAACCUGAGCUCAGCACCAAGCUUGCCACUGUUGAUAAUGGCAGUGUUUUUGCUGGCACUCUUCCCGGUCUGGAUGCGUUACCAGGAGAAAAGACAGCGUCCCGCGCUGAUCCCAAACCGGCUGUGGCGUGAAAUGCCCUUCACAUCGGUUUGUUUGUCUGUCUUCCUUUGCUGGGCAUCACUCAACGCUUUUGAAUACUUUACCACACUUUUCUACCAGCAGGUGCAAGGAGUGUCGGCAUUGCAAGCUUCUCUGAGAUACUUCCCUCAGAUCGUCAUGGGAAUAAGCACCAAUAUUGCCAUGGUGUACCUCGUCUCGAGGGUGAAGACUCGAACACUUGUUAUAGGAUCUGCUUUGAUCAGUAUCAUCUCCCCAGCUCUGAUGGCUACGGCACGAAUUCAUGAGAGCUACUGGUUAGCUCCAUUCUGGGCAAUAUUCCUCUGUCCAGUCAAUCCAUGGAUCCUCUUUGCAGUCGGAAACCUCAUCAUCUCAGAUGCAUUUCCGCCUCACGUGCAGUCUCUAGCCGGCGGUAUCUUCAAUGAGGUGGCUCAAUUUGGCAAUGCGGUCGGCUUGGCUGUGACUGCCGCCAUCGCUGCCUCCGUCACAGAGCACUCAGACGCCAUAGACGGAACUGUCGCAUUGAUGGACGGCUUUAGGGCUGCGUUUUGGACAAUAUUUACGAGUACAGGGGCGAUAAUACUUGUAUGCGUGUUUGGACUGUCCAACGCGGGAAUGGCUGGCCAGGGAAAGAAAUCACCAUAG